CUGGGGUCAAACCAAUCUUGCUCUCUAGAAAACUUAUUGAUAAGGUAGCCGGUCUCACUAGUAGAGCUACUUGUACAAAAUGAUGCUCAAGGUUCUGUUCAUCACUGUCCUGGUGCUGGCAGCCACACAAGCAACCAAACACAAGAAGAGAGCUCUCCAAGAGAGGAAACCAGGCUUCAUCGCCAAACGCCAAGCGGGAACGUGCGGCCCGAACGAAGUGCAGUGCAAAGAUGGCGAGUGUAUCCAAGCUGAGUGGACCUGUGACACCGAAGCGGACUGUCCUGAUCGUUCUGAUGAGGUCAACUGUCCUACCAACUGUACGGGUGAGCACCAGUUAAGGUGUCGGAACAACCGGUGCAUUGCCGUUGAGUUCCGGUGCGACGGCAGCAACGACUGUGGCGACAACACUGACGAGCUCGACUGUCAUAAAACAUCGUGUUCGGAAGGCGAGGUGCAGUGUGACAACUUCAUUUGCAUCGAAGAAGCUUGGGUGUGCGAUGGCGAUGACGACUGUCAAGAUGGUUUUGACGAAAGGAACUGUGUGGGCUCGUGUAGGGCUGACCAGUACAAGUGCGCAGACGGUUCACGCUGCAUCGACCAACGUUGGCAAUGCGACGGGGACGACGACUGCGCCGACGCCAGCGACGAGCUGAGCUGCGCGUGCAACGAGACAGACCACUUCCGGUGCCACACCGGACGAUGUAUUCCUCUCACCUGGAAAUGUGACCGCGACGACGACUGCGGCGACUUUUCCGAUGAGACUUCUUGUGCAACCAUCCACCCGAGUCUGUGUGGCGACAUGUUGACCGCUCGCGACUGCGCUCUGAUGAACGAGACCAUCACCCCCAUCUGUCUGCAGGAGGAGUCGGGCUUCAAGUUCUGCCGCAAGUUCUGCAACCUGUGCGUGACCUCGGGUUAAAGGGAGGAAAGAGUUGUCGUUCAUGACCUCCUUCCUCCCUCGCUCUUAGUGCCCCUAUCCCCUCUCCUCCCCUCCCCUCCCACUCUGUGUCCAUCCCAAGACACUCUUUGUGUAAGAAUGCGAGCUACACGUUUGUGGAUAUUUAUGUGUGAGAGAUAAUCUCCAUAAAUCUCUGUCUUUUCAGUUUUUCUUAUCGAAACAGACUUUUCUGCUUUCUUCUUCUAGAGAUUCCGUUUAAUUAAAAGUUGUGCUGUUUGCAAUUUUCUUACACAAGCUAGUAUCGUAUAUGUAAACAAGCGAUCGUUUUCAUUUUUGUGAUUAUGUUGGUAUUAAUAAAGCAACAUGAACGAGU